UGGAUGUAAACAUGCAAGCUCACAUCUUCUGUCUACAGCAGUGUAUUGCAGCAAUGGUCCCAAGUUCUGUAUGAAGACUCGAUAACGCCAGCGUGCUGUAGCAGCCGGGCAACCGACACCUAUGUGGCGGCCAUGAUGGGGAGGUCAUGACGUUGCGUGCGAGUAAUGUCUGUGUGGAAAAGUUCCGGCGCAAACAUGGUUUUGGCAGAGUGCUGAGGCAAAAAUUUGGUGUCGACUAAUUUCUGUAGACAUAACCGCGUUAGUCAACUUUUUUUUCUCAGCUCUAUUGCACAGACUCAGUGCACAGUUUUAUUGAACUCAGUUAACAAGUUUUUGUUUGUUUGUUUGACUGUCAUUAUCGUUGUCUUAUGUUGUAAGUCAUUGUUUAAAAAAAAAAAAAACAUCGCAAUGAAUCGUCCCGAUUUUUGCCGAUUUGAAAAGGACUAAUAUCUGCCAAUUAAUCAGUCAGGCCCUAGUUUGUAUUUUAUUUUUCUUAAGUACACUCCUCUUAAGAACAAUAUAUAUUUUUUUAUCCAUCCAUUUUCUGAGCCGCUUCUCCUCACUAGGGUCGCGGGCUAUUUUUUUUAUACCAUAUUUAUUUGUUCAAUAUUUUUUACAGAUAUUAAUCUGUCCAUUCUACAGUAUAAAAUCCCUGAUUCUGUACUGUAUAGUGAUUAGGGAGGAGCAAAUUAAUACAUGAUUCUGAACACAGGCUCAGUCUUUUUGUCAUCAUAAAAUAUGUGAUAAUGUUUGCUUUUUUUUUAAUGAGAGUUUUGUUUUCAAGAAAAGUAUGUUUAUGAAGGAAGUGUGAUGUUUGCAAGCUGUUGUGCUGCAAAAAUCAAUUGCUUAGAAUUUCCCUGUUUUUUUCUCUUUCUAUCAGUAUAAUAUAUGACCGUCAAACUCCAGUGGAAUGGCAUCAAUCCAAAUGUAACAUGUCAUGGAUGCCAACCCAAGGAGGAACAGGAACAGCAGCAGGAUCUGCUCUACAAACAAGUAUGUGACACAAAGAAAGAGAAUCCCAUAAACUGCUGCCGGCAUGGCUGGUUUAGGCACGCUUCUAAUUGCUACCUUCCAUAUAGAGAAAAAAGAAAAAACUGGAAGGAUGCACAAAAUCACUGUGAGAGCAUGAACAGUUUACUAGUUAAAAUUGAGACCGAUGACGAGCAGGCGUUCCUGACCGAUCUUGUUGAUGAUCAUGACUUACAACCCUCGGCAUGGAUUGGCUUGAAUGACAUUGAAGUAGAAGGUCAAUUCAAGUGGGUGGACGGCACCGACCUCUCCGAUCUCACAUUUUGGGAGCCCAAAGAGCCAAACAACAAUCACGAGGUCCACGGUCAAGAUUGUGUGACCAUUAAGGCCCGUAAAAAGGCCAAGAAGUCUAACAAGCGUAACAAAAAGGACGUCAAGUGGUAUCAUUCCUGGGAUGAUGUCAUAUGCAACGCAAGACGAUACUUUAUGUGUAAAGCGUGCAUUUUAUGUGAUUAUUUAGACUGAAGUGUUUGUGGCCAGACUAUAGGGGUCCAAUCAGCAUCCUUUGAGGAGACUGACUAGCACCCAACAGCGGUUUUUCUUUUUUUUGUGAUGGAAGGGACUACGAGCUUGUACAACAAUUGCAGCCCACGCAAGACAAUUUCCUGGAGGCUGUCAUAAUGUAUAUUUUAUCAGGAAAAUAUUUUCCAUUGAACUUCAUUGUUCAUUUCAAUAAGUAUGUUAUGCUGUUAGAAAUGCAUAUCGGUCAAGCUCCCACACCUUUUUGUUUUUUUAAUUAGAUCAACUACAAACAAACAACGCACAUGUAAACAGCCAAUUAUGUCAGCUUUCUGACACGGUGUACCCUUUUGGUUUUUGUUUUACUGCUAUGCAUUCUGAGUGGAUUGUAGAGAGAGGUUUCUAUUUGUAACUACUGUGUUCUUUUAUGACGAAUUGUGCUCUCCGCCGCCUUGGCCAGAUUCCAUCUUGAAAAAGAGACCUCGGUCUCAAUGGGUGUUUAUUUUUUGGUUAAAUGUUUUGAUUUAUUGGCACGGGUAUGAUUGACAUGGUGAACCUUCACGUAGCAACAUGAUUCUUAACGUUAGCAAGCUGACUGUACUGUUUAACCAAUAUAUUUUGAAUUUCUGAAAGGUUUUUUAUAUCAAUUGAUACUUCAGUAUGACAGAGUGGACGUGUUCAGGUUCCACCUUGUCUCAGGCCCCCGUUCCAGCUAAAGAAGAUUUAAAACCCGAAAAUUCAAACCAAACAUGCUGUCACUGUAGGCGUGGUGCUCUUUUAAUGAUGAGCAUUUUUUGGGUUUGUGUCAAAACAUACCUUUUGAAGUUAUGGCCAAAAAGUUCAGCCUUGGGUUCGAUGGAAGUGACAAAAUCUCCCACACACGUGUGAAAGUGUGCUACGCUCCGAUGAAACCAAGUAUUUUUCUUAAUACUUAAUUUUUGCACCUUAUGGUACCUUAUCAACUACUACAUACAGUGCAUGAACAUUGAUUUGCAACCCUGUUUAUAUCAUUGGAGAAAUUGUUAAAUUAAAUGAGUUUUCAAAUGUAA